GUGAUCAAAACACCGCAUUCUGCCGCGAAAAUCGUGUGUGAGGAGCAGCGGGAGAAGCACAGACUGAUAUAACGCUAACAUACAGUCUAUGAAUACAGUUUGUAUUAAAUACAGUCUGUAUUAAACAGCGUUAGUUAACUAAGCUACAAGGUCCUACUUUAUAUAUCAGUUUAAUCAUGUUCUGCGAAAAGGCUGUGGAACUUAUUCGAGAGCUUCACCGGAUGACUGAUGGCCAGCUGCCCGCUUUUAACGAGGACAACAUUCGGCAGGUGCUUGAAGAAAUGAAAGCUUUAUAUGAGCAGAACCAAACUGAUGUUAAUGAGGCUAAAACUGAAGGCAGGAGUGAACUGAUCCCAACCAUCAAGUUUCGUCACUGCUGCUUGCUGAGGAACCAGCGAUGUAUCACAGCCUACCUUUAUGAUCGCCUCCUUCGAAUCCGUGCUCUCAGAUGGGAGUAUGGGAGUGUGUUGCCCACCACGAUUCGUUUCCACAUGUGUGCAGAAGAGUUGGAGUGGUUCAAUCAGUACAAGAAAUCCUUGGCCACUUACAUGAGGUCACUUGGAGGAGACGAAGGCCUGGAUAUAACACAAGACAUGAAGCCCCCCAAGAGUCUGUAUAUUGAGGUGCGUUGUCUGAAAGAUCAUGGAGAAUUUGAAAUCGAUGAUGGCACAGUAAUACUCUUGAAGAAAAACAGCCAACAUUUUCUGCCAAGAUGGAAGUGUGAGCAGCUGAUUCGACAGGGAGUCCUGGAACAUGUCAUGUCUUAACUCAAAAGUGCUCUCAUGUGAAGCUGUUUUUGGUGGCACUUACCUUCAUGUUUUUUUUAAACAAUCUAAAGCAUUUAAAAUUUGAUUUAAGGAAAUUAAAACACUGUCAAUUUUG